GUGAUCCCCUGCUCAAGAUCACAUGGUUUUAAGGGCCUUAAUUUCUCCGUUUAAAUGCAAGGCAUCAAUCCGUCCAUCACCCACCUCUUAGCUAAAGUUGCUCGAUAUUGCACAGAAAACAGAAGUCAAGAAACAUGCUGCCCAUGUUGCCGAGACUUUUCUUUCCACCUCCUUUCUUUAUCAAAGCAAUGUCAGUGAUUUGUGUUCUGUCAUUAGGAAAUGUUGGGCUCUCAGAGAUUAGAGGAAAGCACAUGCAAUACUCCAAAUUCUUGAAUAUUGGUGAAAAGAAGCCCAUCGAAAAAAAGAUUCGAGUCUCCAGUAGAACUGGCAUGCUCAUUGCUUACACGCCAGCAUUUCUUGCCGGUGCUGCUUCGUUCGGGCUCUUCCCAAAUGAGGAUCUCAGGUUUUUGUUGGUCAAAUCCACUCUAACCUUCCAUUUCUUCAAAAGAAUACUUGAGGUGCUAUUCGUUCACAGAUACAGUGGAGGGAUGGAAGUUGAGUCUCUGAUCCCUAUCACUCUUAGUUAUUUCACAUCCUCUGUGUUUAUCAUCAAUGCUCAACACCUAGCACAAGGACUCCCAGAGCCAGAAAUUGAUUUGAAGUAUCCAGGGAUUGCAUUGUUUGUAGCAGGAACCAGUGGUAACUUCUACCACCAUCGUCUCCUUUCAAAACUGAGAAGCAAGGAUGUCAAAGAAUACAAGGUCCCCAAGGGAGGCUUAUUUGACCUAGUGAUUUGCCCUCACUAUCUGUUCGAGAUUCUUGGGUUCUUGGGGAUCUCUCUCAUAGCUCAAACAUUGUAUGCCCUUUCCUUCUUUGUUGGAACAACUCUUUACCUGGUGGGGAGGAGUUAUGUCACUAGAAGAUGGUACCUUUCACAGUUCAAAGACUUUUCCAAGGAUGUAAAGGCUCUCAUUCCUUCUGCAUUUUAAACCUGUACAGAGACGAAAAACAAAUUUGAUGACUUUCCCAAGGAUAUCAACACAAUCAUUCCUUGCUUCUUUUUUUU